AUGAUUAUUCAGGUGCCUUCCUGUGUGCCAAGCAAGCCCAAGAGGGCAGAUGUUCAGGACACAGAAGCAUCCCAGCCUGGAGGUGGCUGCCCUCUUUCCCUGCUGAAGACCAUGCCUGCCAACCCCUGGGGCCUCUGGAUUCUUUGCUCCUUCAGUCUUGUGGCCGGUGUCUUGGAGCUCGUGCACCCAGAAUGCGAUCUUCUCCAAGAGCUGAAAAAGGAUGAGUUGGCAUGCCUGCCAAGAAAAGAGGAGCCAUCCAAUGGGACUGCAGGCUGCCAGAGGGAGUGGGAUGGUCUGCUUUGCUGGCCAGCUAUGGGAGCUGGGGCGUCAGUCACCCUGCCCUGCCCGGACUUCUUUUCUCUCUUCAGCCCCAAGCCAGGAACAGUGAGGAGAGACUGCACGGGCAUGGGAUGGUCGGACCCCUCCCCACCAUAUCUUGAAGCAUGUCCGGUGGAGCUGGAAUCUCUGGCUGAGGAGAAAUCCUACUUCUCCACAGUCAAGAUCAUUUACACCGUGGGCUACAGUGUCUCACUGGCUUCCCUCCUUGUGGCAAUCAUGAUCCUCAUGAUGCUGAGGAGGCUUCGCUGCCCCAGAAAUUACAUCCACGUCCAGCUCUUCUGCACGUUCAUCCUCAAAGCUGUGGCCGUUUUCCUCAAAGAUGCCAUCGUUCUGCAAGAGGAGGACGAGGUUGACCACUGCACCUUCUCCACGACUGGCUGCAAGCUCUCUGUGGCCUUCUCCUACUACGCCUCCAUGACCAACUUCACCUGGCUCCUGGUCGAGGCCAUCUACCUGACAUGUCUGCUGGCCACGGCCUUCUCCAAUGGAACCAGAUACUUCUGGUGGCUUGUUCUUGGUGGCUGGGGGUUUCCCAUGUUUUUCAUCCUGGUCUGGAUUUUCUUCAAAUUGGCUUUUGAAGACAGAGUGUGCUGGGACAUGAACGAAAGCUCUCCCUAUUGGUGGAUUGUCAAAGGGCCCAUUGUCCUUUCAGUCGGGAUCACCUUCGGGCUCUUCCUCAACAUCGUCCGCAUCUUGCUCAAGAAGUUGGAGCCAGGACAGAACACCUUCCAGAGCCAUGCCCAGUACCGGCGACUCUCCAAGUCAACUUUGCUUCUUAUCCCACUGUUUGGAACUCACUACAUCGUCUUCAAUUUCCUUCCAGACAGCGCUGGCAUGGGCCCCCGCCUCUGCCUUGAGCUGGGCUUUGGCUCUUUCCAGGGCUUCAUCGUAGCUCUCCUUUACUGCUUUCUUAACCAAGAGGUCCGAGCUGAGCUGAGAAGGAGGUGGCACAGCCAUGACCACGGCGUGUGGCUGACGGGGAGGCCGAGGCAGGCCAGGUGGAGGCCGGCCUAUAGCUCGGGUCUGAGGGUGCCAACAUCCAGGUGCUAG